CCGCCCCGCCAAACGCCAGCCCAGCACGUAAAUAACAGAAAUGGCGUCGUCUCAAGACGCCUGGUAUCUAUCUCUCCUCGGUCUGGCUGAAAACUUUCGAACUUCAAGUCCGCCGAACAUCAAACUUUGUAUUCAGUGCUUGCAAGCCGUGUUCCACUUUAAACCUCCUCACCGAGUGGAGGCGAGGACACACCUACAGCUCGGAAACAUUCUUCUCCAACACACGAAAAACAUCGACUUGGCUAGAAAUCAUUUAGAACAAGCGUGGUGUCUAUCUCAAACUAUCAAUGGUUUCGACGAUGUCAAAUUUGAGGCAGCAAGUGUUCUGGCGGAACUGCAUGAUCAGCAACAACAAUCUAAUCUUUCUAAACCAAUCUUACGUAAAGCCAUUGAAAUUUCUCAACAUAGCAAUUACUGGCACUGUCGAUUGAUAUUUCAGCUAGCGCAAAUACAUGCAAGUGAAUGUGAUUAUGAACUUGCCAGCAGUCUUCUUGGAGUAGGAGUAGAUUAUGCCCACAUUCAGUCUGCUGCAUACACACGAGUUCUGUUUCUUCUUAGUAAAGGAAUGCUUCUAUUGAUCGAUAAGAAGUACAAUGAAGUCUUACCCCUACUGAAUCAAGCUGGUCUUCUUGUGGAUAGCUGGCAAGGGAACCAGUUCCAAAAAGAAUAUUUAAGAGUAUUCUUCCUUGUUUUACAGGUUUGCCAUUAUCUCAUGGCUGGUCAAGUAAAAAGUGUGAAACCUUGCUUGAAGCAACUUCAGCAAAGCAUCCAAACCAUCAUGAUGCCUAGCUGGCCAUCAGACGAAGUGGUAUCAAGUGGGAACACUGCUGAAAUGUUUAUAUGGAUGCCAAAAGAACACCUCUAUGUAUUAGUGUAUCUAGUAACCGUCAUGCAUUCUAUGCAAGCUGGGUAUAUGAACAAGGCUCAGGAAUACACUGACAAGGCAUUGGCGCAGAUAGAGAAAUUGAAGGUGCUAGACAACAAGCCUAUUCUCUCAGUAUUUCAACUGAUGCUUUUAGAACAUAUUGUAAUGUGUCGAUUAGUUAUGGGUAACAAGACAUUGGCUCUCCAAGAAAUCUCUCAGGCCUGCAAUUUGUGCCAGCUGCAGCCCCAUCUUCUUAAAACUCAUCGUCCGCAGUUGCACACUAUGCUUGGGUUAUAUGCUAUGAGCAUGAACUGCAUGGAAGCAGCGGAGGUUCAAUUUUCAUCUGCCCUACAGUCUUCAAAGGAACGAGAUUUGAGAACGUUUGCCAAUUUAAACCUUGCUAUAGUGUACCUUAGAGCCAAGAGAGAGCAAGAAUUUGCUUCACUGCUUGAUAGCAUAAAUCCAGAAAAUCUUCCCACACAUUCACACAGUUUAAGAGCUGCUGCGUACUAUGUGCAGGGAUUACAGUGUUUCUUCCAAGCGAGAUACAAUGAAGCAAAGCGAUAUUUAAGAGAAACAUUAAAAAUGGCCAAUGCAGAAGAUUUAAACCGACUUACAUCAUGCUCUCUAGUUCUUUUGGGUCAUAUAUUUUUGUCUUUGGGGAACUCAAGAGAAAGUAUGAACAUGGUUACUCCAGCAAUGCAGCUAGCCAGUAAGAUACCUGAUGUUCAUGUUCAACUCUGGGCAUCUGCAAUUUUGAAAGAUCUGUACCGGACAUCAGGGGACUCAGGCCAUGAAAAUGAGGCCUACUCUAUGCACUGUAGCUUCUCACAAAGUCUUCUCAAGGACCACUUUACCUCAUCAAAAAUGAUGGAGCACAAUUUAAUACAAUGGACUGAUGGCCCUUUCCCUGAAGUUUAUAAUGCCACACCAUCUACAUCAUCUGGACUAAUGUAACAAAGUGAACCAAGUCAUUGUGAAAACUGUGCUGGUCGCAGCUCUAGGGGACUGUCUUAACAUGUUCUCUCACUAUCAAAAUGUCCGUCAGGUUAAUCAGUUCGCCCUGCUUUUAUUCUCCUAACAGCAACAAUAUUUGCUUGUCUUCUGUUUUAAAAUAUAUUGUGAGAAUGCAGAAGUUUGACACAAUCUGCUUGUAAAACAUUUUUGUUUCUUCCAAGUUCUGUCUCAAAGUUUAAUUCAUUAUUUAUGUGUCGAGAAUGAAUAUUAUUUCAUAAGAUUGUUGAGCUUUCCUUUAAUUAAUUUUGCAUGUAGUCUACUGUAUAAGGUGUUAACUCAUUAUUUAAAGCUUCAUCCAUUUUCUUCAUCAGUCAAAACGCCAUAAAACAAUACCUUGUAUAUCUCAGCUUUACAAGUUUCUUUAAGUCAAAACUAAAAAUUUGUCAAAGAGUCAGUUCUGUGCAUCUCUUUUGUUGCAAUCACUGGUAUGACAUUUCUUUUGUCUCACAUAUGUUGUUGUGCUUUCUUCUUUGUUUCUUCAAGGUAUUGUUUACAUUUUGCACAAUCCUGACAAAGAAGAUCAGCUUGUACUUAAUUAGCUUUGGCCUUCAUAGAUUACUAAUAUUGUGUACCUCUCUAUUCAGUUAGCUAGUACAACAAUGAUCUUUCUAUUUAUUAAAAAAAAUAUUUAGUAGGUGCUUCACAAUCAUAGCUGAAUCAUGAAAACGUCUUUUCUUCCCUUAAUCUUACACAUUUUUUGUAGAGCAAAUAUACAUUAAAUAUUGUUCUUUAAGUGAAGCUGAGAAAAAAAAUAGCAACUGUCUGUUUGCUAGGGCUCAAUUUAAAUGACUUUUUCAGCUAUGUUUGUGAGAAUAUGUUUUUAAUCAGUGCACUUCAUUGCAAAGUGUUCAUUGUUAUACUGUCCUGUCAAACUGAAGGGUACCUGAUUUAUCCAUAAUGUAGAGUAUUUAUUAAUUUUUAGUGUGUAUCCCAUUGACUAGAAUAGUGUACUUUUGAAUACUGUAUGAACAUCCCUCUUUCUUUGUGGUUUGACAUGGAAAUAUCAAUGUUCUCAAAAUUCAGUGAUAUGAUAUGCUUUUAGCAAGGGAGGGGGGGGACUGUAUGAACCAUCAUGCAGAUUUUAGAGGUGUGAUGCAGAAUAUUUCAAGACUGAUUUGUACUUUUUGUAGCUGUGGAACUACAAUCUUUUCACUUAAGAAGCUGUAUGGGGUUUAUGAAAGUCUGCAACUUUUUAAAAUUCUUAACAGUGGACAGUUAACUUUCCUCUAAUUUUUUUUUUCCCUCAAGAAGAGGCUGAAAGCUAUGGUUGCUCAUGACAAAGAUUGUUUGAGGCUAUUAUUCAUUCUCUGUAUGACGAAGUAAUUAACACAGUGGCCACUUUUAGAAGCUCCCAUGAAUUUUGAUCAGCAUACUUGUGGUUUAAACAAUAGUUAACUCGGAAUGCCACACUUAUGGGAUUUUGUGGUCCUGCUGACAUUAAACCCUCUGUGGACCAAAAGUUGUACUGGUAUCUUGCAUGAUCUGCUCUUUGUGAGAUGGAAUUGCCCAUUCGUAGGUGUUAUGGGCUAAAAUGGAGUCUGAAAAUUCGAAUUGAAGAUUGCUAUGGAAUUUGUGAUCUAGCAAUUUAAUUGAAUCUUUGCCAUGUUAUGCCUCUUCUUGUUCAAUUCUAAUGUUAAUGGAAAAUCUCAACCAGAUUUUAACAAAUUAAGUUGGUUACCAUUGUUAUGUUAUGAACUGUUUUAUAUCUUGAAUGAAUAGCACUGGCAUUUAUCAGUGUUAAGUACACUGUGCUCUACUGUGAUGUAAUAAACGUAAGCAAUUACUUUAUCUAAGUAAAAAGUUUGUUGUAGAUUAAUUUGUAGUAACCCCCAAAACAUUUUCCUUAGUUUGCUACGUUUGCAUUGAUUAAGUUCUAAGUUUUUGAUUUAUGUACAGACAGAGAUAUUGUAAAUAAAAGGCCAUAUAUUGUAUAAAUUAACAACCACCCCUUAAUUUCUUUUCGACCAUUUAGUACCUCUCCUAGCCAUAUAUUUUCUAAAUCCAUUAAAAAUAAGUUGAGGUCAACCAGGAAAUCAGAUUUUAUUUAUAAAUAAGUCUGUAAAAUAUGUAAAGGGGGGGAGUGGGGGUUGAAAAUGGAAUACUUGUAAAACCAGUGUUUGAGAUGUCAAUUAAAAUACGAGACGAUUUUAAAAAUUUUA